AAGAUGUCAUUUUUUUUUUUUUUUUUUUUUUUUUAAGUUUAACUCAAAAGCCAGAAACUCUUUUUUCAGUAUUACUGAUCUGCAGUGGAGGUCUAAAAUUUGAUCUAAAGCCCUGUCAAUGCUAUUAAAAUAUUAGUUUAUUAGAUUUUCUGAAGCAUAGGACAGAGGUCUGACCUCUGAUGAAAACAAACACACAUCAUUAAAUGAUUGAUGGUUCAGAGAGCUUAAAUCUCCACCAGAGGUAGGGGGCAGAGACUGCAAUUCAUUUGGUUUAAAAGCUGUCUGGUAACCAGAAGGUCAGGGGCUCAAAUCCCAAGCUUGACAGUCAUUGUGUUUUUGAUCAAGAUAGUUUUAUAUAUAUAUUUAAAAAAAAACACUUGUGUUUGUGACAUCAUUUAGCUGUAAAAAGUAAUAUUUAAAAGCAUAAAAAAUACAAUUUCUCAAUUAAUAAUAAUAAAAAAGCUGUAUCAGGAGAAUUUGGGUGAAUAAUACUUUAAUGAAUGUAGUCAGUAUUGUUUAAUACGUUUUUUUUUUACCAGCAAUGUUGUUACAGUUUGGGAAAUGUGAACGGAACUUGUUUCCGGGUGAAGUGCGUACUGCGCACGCGUGUUGCGUGUCACGUGAGUUCAUUCCAGGCCAGCUGAGCUCAGUUCAGGCUGUGAAUGGUUGAGGCCAGAACUAACACGUCUUUUUAGUCUGAAUACUGGUAGUUUGUGUUCAAAUUAUACAUUAAAAGCAGCUCCAUUUAAUGCGGCUUUGUGUGUAUCUUCGACUCAGCUGACGAGGAUUUUUUUGGGGGGGCUCCUUGUGUUCGGCAUGGCUGGGUGUGAAGGAGUGGAUUUUUCCAAUGCAAAGUUGAAGGAGAAAUCUAAAGAAAGCUCCUCUGGCUGCUCUGCUCCAGAGUGCGCCAUCUGCCUGCAGAGCUGCGUGCACCCCGUAUGCCUCCCGUGCGCCCACGUCUUCUGCUUCCUGUGUGUCAAAGGCGCGUCCUGGCAGAGCAAGCGCUGCGCUCUCUGCCGACAGGAGAUCCCUGAAGACUUCCUGGAGCGGCCGGUCCUCCUCUCUCCUGAAGAUCUGAAAGCGGCGGCGGCGGGGCUCAGCGGGAGCGAGUCCCGCGGGGUCUACGCGUGGUACUACGAGGGGCACAACGGCUGGUGGCAGUACGAUGGGAGGACCAGUGGAGAGUUGGAGGAAGCCUUUGUGAAGAACAAGAAAAGCAUCGAGAUGCUGAUUGCGGGAUUUCUUUAUGUGGCGGACUUGGAGAACAUGGUGCAAUAUCGCAGGAAUGAGCACGGCCGAAGACGCAAAAUUAAGAGGGAUGUGAUGAACAUUCCCAAAAAAGGGGUGGCAGGACUGAGGUUGGAACCUCCUUCAAUCCCUAAUUUGACCUCUGCGACAGUAGAACGCAUUAGUUCUGCUGAUGGAUCAGACACUGCAGGUCCUACAUCUUCAUCCGUUGGAAUCAUUGCUUCCGUUACUCCGGUUCGACCCCAAACCCUGCUGGGACGCCCCCUCAUCAGCCCUACUGCACCUUCCUCCUUGGAACAGGCGUUCUCCCAGCUCCUCAUCAGCCAGCCAGAGGGUGAAGAGGUGGAGGGAGACGAUGACUCACAAGCAUAUGAGAUUGGGUCAGGAAGCAGUGAAAGCGAGGAUGAAGGGGGGGUGGAUUCGACCACGCGGAGACGACGCAGACACUGCCCACUAAGAGAGAGUCAGCCAACCAGAAUCCCUCCCAGAGGAGGCCCGCCGAGCUCCGCCGUCAUCCCGCGCUCCCGCAGUCCUGACGGCAGUGCGGUGUGAGGGAACGGCGGCGAGACACACUCUGAGCAAAAAAAAAAAAGCAUUUCAAAUGACUCCUGAAAGGAGCAUUCAUCACUGCGUGCCAUAUGUAAUCGUCAUUUAGAAGUGCUUCAUUUCUCCCUUUUUAACACCAGAAUCAGUUUAGAUUCACAAGAAAGUUAGUGUUAAAUAACUAACCAGAAUGCAGCAUUCUUGACACAGAACUUUCUGUCCAGGUGAUGUUGCAUUAAAAAGAUAAAAGUUUUAACAUGUUUUACAUCAUAAAAGUUUUUUUAAAAUGGACUCUUGAUGCUUUAAACACUGCAUGAGGUCGUUUUAUUUGAUGUAGUCAAACCCAAAUUCUUUUUUUUCUAGAAGGUCAAGCUUCCAUGUAGCAGCUUAUGUCACGAUGAGGGUGCAAUUCCUCAUUUUUGACACCAAAAAAAAAAGCUUGUUUUAGAAAUGAAGUGCACCUGUGUAGGACUGUGUGCUGAAACGCCACUGGCAGAUCCACUGGAAACUUCUCGUUUAUAAAUGUAGAGACCCAUAGGGGUUCUAUUUCUUGUGGUAUUCCCAGCAGGGCCAAUAUCAAGGCUGCACUUGGGUGAGCUCACAGUUUCUUUAUUAAAAUGUAAGCUGGUGUUUUUUUUUCUUCUUUUCUGUGGUGUUUGUCUGUGUUGAAGUUAAUAAAGUAUUUAUAUACGC